AUGGAAGAAUCGGUCGACCUAGGAGCACUGCAGCAGCAGUUACAGCUGCAACGCUCAUCUCUAGCAGGACAAAUUUUAUCACGUUUGCCUGCAUCCUCGCCUUCAACGUCAAAGACCUCAGACGCUACGGCUGUGUCCACCACACGACGAUCAGCUACCCUGGGUGUGGGUGCUGAGGCCCCUGUCCAGCCUACCUUUUCUGCGACCGACCAGAAGCUACGUGCUAAACUAGGAGCUACAUCUGGUUCAAAGCGUCGCCGUGACACUGAAGUCGGCCAGACGCCAAAACGCACAGACGGCAGCCCUAACGACGACAAUGAAACCGAAGAGUCAGAUGUGCGUCAGACUAAGAGCCGACGACGUGCGAACCGUGGACCGGAUGUCUUUGCUGUAGCUGAGGCCAAAAUCAAGGCAGCGCAAGCCAAAGCCGCUCCAGUGCCUGUAUCCUCAGGCGAUCAGCCUGAUUUCUCAACCAUGAGCAAAUCGCAGCGGAAAAAGUGGAACAAACGUCAACGCGAACAAGCGGCUGCCCCUGCUACUCCAAAGGAAGAUGCCACCGCAGACGAACCUGCCCCUUCCUCCACUCCUUUGCAUGGACCUGUAGCCAAACCCUCUGUCACGGCACCUGGUCCCAGCCCAGUGGCGCCUAGCGAGAAGAAUGAAACGCCUCUUACGUCCUUGCAAUCGUCUAUGCUCGCCAGUUUGCAAGGUGCCCGCUUCCGUUCCAUUAAUGAGCGUCUAUAUACCCAUGAUUCACAUGAUGCUCUUGCCUUUAUGCAAAAGGAGCCGCAAAUGUUUGAUGAAUACCAUGCAGGUUUCCGACAACAAGUGCGUAAAUGGCCCAAGAAUCCUGUGGACAAAAUUUGUGAGCUGGUGCUGCCCACCACGGACAAGAAAAAGAAGUACCACGUUCGUGCUUCGUCUCUUCCUGGUGCCUUGCUCGUGGAUAUGGGGGCGGGUGAAGCUGGUUUGGCGAAGACAUUGGUACCAAAAGGCUUCCAUGUUCUUAGCUAUGAUUUGGUUGACACGCCUGAUGGGUGGGUGCGCGGUCUAGAUGUGGCAGCCAUUGGAUCUAUUCCUUUGCCGGGCUACUUGGCGCCCUUGGGCUUGGUAUGGGAUGCCUCACCUCCCACCUCGCCCGCUAUGGUUGACAUUGUUGUAUUCUGUCUUAGUCUAAUGGGGACGAACUGGGUGGAUAUGAUUACAGAAGCAUGGCGCAUUUUGAAGCCACAUGGUGAAUUGGUCAUUGCAGAAGUAACGAGUCGUCUAGGUGCCACCGGUGACACGACGGAUUUUACAACUCUUGUUGAGGCGAUGGGGUUCCAUUUGGAUUGGCAUGACACCACCAACAAUACACAUUUUGCUCUGUUUAAAUUUAGCAAAGUGGUCCAACAAAAGAGCACAUUGUCGACGCAAGAUGCACUGGAUACCACGCUCGCACCCGCUGCGCUUGUAUCGUCUGUUGAAAACGCGGAUCAGGCAAAGCUGGCGCGCGAAGAGCUUGUUCGUCGAGCCCUAGCAGCAAUGCUGGAAGCAGCAGUACAGGCGGCGCUGCGGGCGGCAGCGGUGCUAGCAGCAGCAAUGAUUCUAAUGGCACUCCUUCGUCAGCCAGCUCAAGCGCUUCUCCUUCUGAUGGUGCCGCAGGUGGCCACAGCUGCGCCCAACUCGGCCAACAUUACGUCGGGUGCCCCAUCUACGUCGACCAACGUGGUUGUCUUGACGAUCAACGGUCAUCCCGUUACUUCUACACGGACUCAAGUCUUUUCAGCUACACUCGCUCCAGGGAAUCGCAAGACAGAAGAUACUGGGUACUGGAACGACGGUGGCGCUGUGGGUGGUACCUUUGCUGCGGUGGGUAUCGUUGCAGUGGCGCUACUGGGCCUGGCUACCUGGCUCUUCUGGCGACGUCGCAAAACGAAGCGUAUGGAUGCUGAUGUCGUCGCAGCGGCUUCUGCAGCGGAAGCUACGACACGUCGUCCGUUUGAUGACGAUGACGACGACCUGAUGCCGUACGAUGGCACUACGACGCAUCCACGUGCCCCCGAAGAUGGUGCGCAGCCUUACUACAACAUAGGAUAUCAUCAGCCUGACCAUAUGGCCAGCAUGGUCGAGGAUCCGUAUGUUCAUGCUGCUGCUCCUGAGCACGCUAACUCUGCUCCUAUGGCAGCGGGCGCUACCGCUGCCACUGCCGCAGCCUCUGGGUCGGCGCACGGUGGAGAGUCGACGUAUGCGCACGGCAGCUACCUGCCGUAUACCUACGAUACAGCUUCGGCCGGCAUGCAACCCCACUCGACAGGAGACUAUGCCGAGAACCCGUCUGUGUACUCGUCAGGCGAUGCCUUUCGAGAUGCCUCAAACACGGGGUAUGCGCCUGUAUCGUACGCCGCCCCAGCUGAGCAACCCCGUGUGUCAUUCUCGUCUGGUGCAUCUGAAUACCAGCCUGCGGCUAGUGAGAUAACGCAUGAGACGUAUUAUGCACCUGCCAUCUCCUCAAUGCCUGCCACGGCUCAACCGGAGGAAGCUGCAAGCGAAGCGCCAUUGCCAUCGCUGUCGACAGACCAGCCGGAAGCGUCGAGACUGGCCCCACCCACCACGACCGAUUUGGCACCUGCGUACUCUGCUGGCUCAACACACGUGAAUGUGUCGGAUUCCAAGAACCCAAUUACAUUCACGGAGAACGUCUCUACCAAAACGGAUCUUCCGCCACGUCCUAUGCCGACCUUUGGCGAGGGAGAGGCCGCUAGUACGCAAGGUCAUGGCGAUUGGGAUCCACCCGCCCUCUCCAGUGCGUGGUUCCCUGCAACGCACACCACCACUGAAGCUGCGCCUUCGACGCAGUCGAUGGUGCCUGCGUCGCGACCUGACAGUCUGCAGCCAUACACCGAGGUCUUCAACCCUGCGUCUGAUUGGUCGCAUUCAGGUGUGAGUGAGGCCGUGGAUGCGGCUUCGACACCGCAGCGUCUGACGGUGCGCAAUCCUUCUCCGUUGUAG